AGCUGAGACUUCCAAUCUCAUACCCGAAACACAGUAGAGUCUAUCACAUUGGCACUCAGCCAUGUAUUCUAUCAAAGAAUACAAUGCUUCCUCUGAUUGGCUGAGUCCUAGGUUGUGACAUCAUCAGCGUGCCUCUCUGACUGACAACCAGUGAUAGAAUACAUUACUUAUUCUGAUUGGCUGAGAGCUGAACCCAGAGAACAGUGCAGUAUUCUGUAUGUAGCCACAGCUACAUACAGUUUAUACCACACAUCCAGCUGCCUCACAUGUUAGUGAGGGACAUAGUUUUUUUUGUCCAAGCUGGCCCAAACUAUGUAAAGUUUGUCAAAAGAUGGAGUUCAGCUUUAAACUUCGCACCCACAAUGUAAAAAUCUAUAAUAUCUAUACUGGUUAAACAUUAACAGUCUCGUCUGGAAAAGAAGAGUACAAUACCUGGUAGAAUAGUGUCUCUUAGCUACUGAGUAGACUUUCAAAAUGGUUAGGAGGACUAUUCCUAAGACCUUUCCCACUUAAUAACCGUUUCAGUAAAUUGUGUUGGGCUGGGAUAACUUUUGCAGAAAUGCUCUCUUUGAGUUAUGUAUAAGUAUAUAGAAUGAAGCAUACAGAAAACAGAAUACUUUAUUAAUCCUAAAGGGAAAUUGGUGAAUCUGGAGUGGGGUUGAAGUCUGGACUCUAGCAUUGUAAUUUCAAAUACACAUUUUAUUUUGUGGUAUAUCCAGGUGAUCUUUUUUAAAGAGUAGUUUUUUUUUAGGGUGUUCUACCGUACCAUUCAUAUUAAGUGUUUUUUGCAUGGCGGAACAUUUGAUUUUGCAAGUUCAUUUUCUGAAGGAGUAGUAGUAGGCAAACAGUGCAAUGCCUUGUCCACCAUAAAUGAAGGCAUAUUUAUGUUUGUAUUAGCAAGAAAGUGAAGAUACAGUAUAUCUGAUAAAAUAGUGUGUUGGAAAAAAUGUAUGCUUUGUAAUUUUUUUGUUUAUUUCUUGCUUUGCAGAGUACAGUUAAGCUACGCGGAUGUGCAAAUAAAUCACACACAUUCCCACACCCGCAUGCUGCCAUACACAAAAGGCAGUGCUGCAUAGAAAAUGUGCAAGGGUGCCAUUAACGCUUAAUGGCACCCCUAUACACUGCAAAACGAUGUGAUGUUUUCUGCAUAAAAAAAUGCAAGAUGCAAAAGCACCGUGUGAUUUCCGUGUGGCCAUAUUUUAUUAAAGAUGCAGAGACCUUUUCUUGCAGAAAACUCAGGCAGAAUAGGCUGCUCAUGCUACCACAGCAUGCAGAGCCACAUACAUGUGAACCGGGCCUAAAAGAGAUUUAGUGAGCUUACAACAGAAUGUCUCACCUACUUUGUAUUCAAAGUAACACCCAAUCUGAAUCAGAAAAGCUAUCCACGAAUAGUGCUGUGUAAGUCUCAGUGCUUCAUCAGCAGAGGGGUUAGUGGUCCCUGUCAGUAGGUGGGGUGACACAGGAGUAACUUUUCUUGAGCACAAAUUAUUUGUAGUGAGUAUUCUGCUAAUGCUGAAACAUGUAACUAGACAUGGCUUUACUUAAAAGCAGUCAUGCAAUUUACUGGUUUUAUAGCAAUAUUUAAUUACUAAUAUUUAGAUACAAUAUACUUAUAGAAGUUAUUUUUGUUUAACUCUAACUGCUAUAAUUACCUAUUACCUAUUCUACAAACUAUGAAGCAUCUACACAACUGUACUAGAAUACCGUCCUAUAGGCUGUACAUUGAAGUAUACCUGAUUUCAGAAAAGUGUGCUAAUAGAAAAACAUACCUGAUGGUUAGAUUAUGUGCUAAUAAGAAGUUAUUAAAAAGUGUAAAACUAAACCGCCUCAUGAAUAAACUAGUAACAAGUCUUACAUUUGUCAGACUUAAAAAGAAACUGAUUUUAAAGCUUAACUCCAGCCUAAACUUUUUCAGAUAGAGUGGAGAAAGCUAAGAACUUCUGCCAAGUUUGUAUUACUGUCUCUGUCCUGUCCAGGUCGAUUUUAUCAUACUUCUUGUCCUGGUUACUAAACAGCAAGUAAACGGAAUCUCCUCAACUGGGACACAUACAGCAAGGGAAACCUUUACAGUAGAUCUAACCAAUAUUGUAUUUAAUAAAGGUGAUAUUAUUUCCUUUUUUGCACCCAUUAGAUUAAAUGCAUUACCACCCUCCCCUAGUGACCACACAGGAAGUGAAGAAAAAAUGUCCUCAAUAGAACAAAGACAGCAAUAAAAAUGCCAACUUUCCUUACACUGUUAAAAGCUAACAAAAAGGUUUUGGUUUGAGUUGGGUUUCAAUAAUAGUGCUUUUGAAAUAUACUGUAAUAUGCUAAUGUUACCUAUACUCAUUACUUUAAUGUAAUGAAAUAUUUUGCAAAUCUAAACAAAUCUAAGUAUAUAAUAUAAAACUUUGAGCUAACUGCCAUAUAAUAGAAUUAUUUUCAAUACAAAGACUAAAAACAGAAUGAUUGAAUAGCACUGUGUACUGAAACAUUUCAGUGUUGCAGUUCCUCACUUACACCUCAGAGCGCCGCUGUUUGACCAAUAAGGAGAAGAAUACAAAACUGGAGAUCCACUGGUAUUUUCAUCAUUCACACACAAUGCAGAUCUGCAUGAAGAGGCAUAGCCAUUUCUAGAUUCUCUCUGAACAACUUACAUGCAUUAUUAUUUUCACAAAAAUACAUCCUUUUUUUCUCUGUGGACUACAAAUGCUGAAUAUCCUUAAGGACACUUCUGGAAGAUGCUGAACAUGGAUGAGAUGAAGCACCAUUCACAGAUAUACAAAGGAAUAACAUGGCAAGUAAUAUUUUCCUUCCUAUUUUCCUGGCUGUGUCAUUCAGUCUCAGGUCAGAUUCAUUAUUCCAUUGUAGAAGAAAUGAGAAAAGACUCUGUUAUAGCCAAUAUUGCAGAAGACCUGGGAUUAGAUAUUAAACAGCUCUCAUCAAGAAAGCUGCAAAUUAUAUCACAUAUAUCAGAGAAAUACUUGUAUGUGAAUGUAGAUAAUGGAAAUCUCUAUGUGAAGGACAGGAUUGAUAGAGAGACACUGUGUGGGGCAGCACCUACCUGCUUCCUAAGCUUUGAUGCUGUGGUUGAAAAUCCUUUUAAUAUUUUCAAAGUAAAAAUAGAAAUUCAGGAUAUUAAUGACAAUCCUCCAGUGUUUUAUCCUGAGACUUUCACUAUAGAUACUAUUGAACUAACAUCACCAGGAACAAGAUUUACAUUACAACAUGCAGAAGAUCUGGAUAUUGGUGUUAAUUCAGUACAGACAUAUAAACUCAGUGACAAUUUACAUUUUACAUUAAGUCAGAAGAUUAGCAGUGAUGGAUUUAUAUCUCCUGAGCUUGUGUUAGAGAAAUCACUGGAUCAAGAAUUACAAAAUGUUCAUGAACUAAUUUUAACAGCUUUGGAUGGAGGAAAUCCUGUAAGAUCUGGAACAGCUGUAAUACAAAUCAUUGUUAUUGAUGUUAAUGAUAAUUUUCCAAUAUUUUCCCAAGAGGUAUACAAAGUUAGUGUAAGUGAGAAUAUUGCAGUAAAUACAACCAUAAUCAAUGUAAAUGCAACUGACAGAGAUGCUGGAACAAAUGGGCAAAUCACUUACUCCUUCAGCAAAACAUCAGGAAAUGUCCAUCCUUCUGGGCUUUUUAGUAUCCACUCCAAAAGUGGUGAAAUCAAAAUCAACAAAAUGUUAGAUUUUGAAGAGGCAGCAAACUAUGAACUGUCUGUUCAAGCUAAGGAUGGAGGAGGAAUUGUUUCCCGUUGCAAGGUUUUGAUUGAAUUGAUGGAUGAGAAUGACAAUGCUCCAGUGAUAUUAAUCACUUCAUUAUCUUCCCCCAUUCCUGAGAAUUCUACAUCUGGAAAAAUGAUAGCUCUUAUCAGAGUCCAUGAUAAAGAUUCAGGAGAAAAUGGAGAAGUGGGAUGUAAGCUCACUGGGGAAUUGCCUUUUAAUUUAGUUUUGUCUUCUAGCAGUGUGUAUACAAUUGUGACAACAGGUCCUAUGGAUAGAGAGAAAGUGUCUAAUUAUAACAUACAAAUUGUAGCCACUGACAGAGGAUAUCCUCCACUUUCCAGUCAGGAAACCAUCAAACUGGAUAUUUCAGAUGUUAAUGAUAAUCCCCCACAGUUUAUGGAAUCUACUUAUGUUGCUUAUGUACAAGAGAACAAUUUACCAGGUGCCUCAAUAUACAGUAUACAAGCUUAUGAUCUUGAUACCGGAGAAAAUGCUAAAAUUAUGUAUUCCAUUUCAAACAAAAAUACGGAAGAUCUUUCCAUGGCCUCCUAUUUAUCUCUUAAUAUAGACACUGGAAUAAUCUAUGCCCAGAGAACAUUUGACUAUGAGCAGCACCAAGAGUUUGUAGUAGAAGUAACAGCUAAGGAUAAUGGACAGCCACCUCUGAGCAGCAACACAACAAUAACUGUCAAAGUAAUAGAUCAGAAUGACAAUGCACCAAAACUCUUAUACCCAUCCCCAGAGAGUGGAGGAUCAGCUGGGUUUGAGAUGGUACCGUUUGGUGCUGAGCCUGGAUCAAUAAUAACAAAGGUGGUUGCAGUGGAUGCAGACUCUGGACAUAAUGCCUGGCUCUCUUAUCAUUUCAUACAAGUAUCUGAACUAUCUUACUUCACCAUGGAUGAACAUACAGGUGAAAUUCGAACACAACAUGUUUUCCAUGAGAAGGAUACACUGAGUCACAAGGUUGUGGUGAUGGUAAAGGACAAUGGGAUCCCAUGUCUCUCUGCUACAGUUACCAUCACUCUUGUUGUUGCAGAUAACUUCCAACAAGUAGUUCCUAAAUUUGUUAAUCACUUCCCUGAUGAAGAUUCUCAAUCCAGUUUGCAGUUGUACUUGGUAAUCGCCCUAGCUGUAAUAUCUUUGCUAUUUAUUAUAACAGUCAUGUUGGCUGUUAUAUCUAAAUGUAGGAAGUCUAAACCAUUCCAGGUGUAUGGGCCCGUCAGUUCAAAUUUAUAUCCUCAAAUUGAUCCCAGGAUGCUGUCUCAAUAUGCCAGUGGAACACUAACACUUCCCUACUCGUACAAUGUUUGUGUGGCUUUGGAUUCUGGAGAAGGUGAUUUUACAUACAUGAAAACUAAUCAAAAUGUUCCUGUGGAUAAUCUGAUUGAUGCUGAUGAUUCUGGUCUUCAAAAUGAAAAUGUAAUGGAGGCUUUGCCAAUCAGCAGUCAAAUCCAGGUGAGUUUUUGA